CCAGUUAGUUCCUGCUGGAUUGUGGACUACUUUAUCUGGUAUAGAGUCUAGAACCACUACUGUUACAGUGUUUAUUUAAAUAGCAACUGGUGAGUGUGUGCAUCAGUUUUGUAAUUUUGCAAAGCAUCUAGUAGGUAUGUUUAUAAUAUGAGACCUUGCAAUAGAAAAUUACAGGACAUAAAAUUAAUUUCAAGUUUGAAUGAUACUAAUUUAUUGACAAUGGUAAUUCAGUCAUAAAAACCGUUCUUUAUCUAAAGACAAACACUUAUACCAACUGUUUAUCAGUCUUUUACCUCAAGUGCAGUCUCUCUCUUUUGCAGCUUAUUUAAUCUUUAUUUUAAGUUUCAAAAUGUCAUUCAUGCAGUGUUUUAAGGACAAUAUUUUGCCACAAAUGAUACAAUCUGGUGUUUUUGGUGUGGAUCCUACUGUCUCAAGUGUGAAAGAUUGUUCAGAAGAUAGAGAAGAGUUUAUGUCAAAUGUGAAGUUUGUAGAUGUAGAACUGAAAGUUGGACAGGCUUCAGAAAAAAUUCCUUUGUUUUGCAAGUUUGAAGACAACGAUACUAAAGAGGUGAAAAGGGAAAAAUUCCAAACCGACUUGCAAUUUUCCAAUGAAGUCUUUGUGUAUAAAGAAUUCAUACCGUUGUUUCCAAAAUCAGUUACAAACAUUUUCCCCAAAUUUUAUUUUGGUGCUGCGACUCCAGGAAUAUCUUCAGAUCCGGGGUUUAUUGUUUUUGAAAAUCUACAUCCAAAAGGUUUUGAAGAAACUCAUGAAAAGGUGUUUUUAGAUUAUGACCAUUGUUCUCUUGCUUUCUCAAAACUUGGUGAAUUCCAUGGAUCAAGUAUUCAAAUGAAAGCUAAGAACCCGUUGGAAUUUGGGAUCAAGAUCAAUCAGCUAAGAGAAACAAGAUGGCUGAACAAACACAAAGAGCUACAAAUCUACUUUUACAAACAUACCACUAAGAGAGGGGUGGUCCCGUUGUUGAAAAAAGGUGAACAUGUUGAUUUGCUGAACAGCUCGUUGGACCACUUGAGCAAUGUACACGAUGUCAUCAAAGAAAUCCUAGAAGUAAACAAACAUAGUGUUUUGUGCCAUGGUGACUUUUGUCGGAACAAUAUGGUAUUUAAAUACGAAACCUCUGGACACAAACCUGUUGAUGUAAAAUUCUAUGAUUUGGGCACAGCGAGAUAUGCCUCACCCAUCAUCGACAUAUCGUUCUUUUUAUUCCUCAACACGACUGCUGAUCUCCGCAGAAGAUACUUUAAGAGUGAUUUUCUUCAAACGUAUCUUGACUCGGUGAGAAAGUACGCGGGUACUGAAGCUCCUACUAUGGAACAGUUGUGGGAGGAGUUCCAGAAAAAAGCUGUUUAUGGUUAUUUACUGGCCUCAUUCUUCCUUCCGAUCAUGUGGCACGGACACCAUGAUCCACCGACUGAUGACCUUGAAGAGAUGACAAAACAAAACUUGCGUAAAGGAGGAGAAGAAGUAACCGAAAUGUUGUCUGAUAUUGUGAAAGAUCUGAUCACUUGGGGAUGUUUGGAGGGAUUUAAAAGCUCAUGAUAUGACAUCACUAAACAGAUGACCUCUAUCUGCCCCUUGGACCAGUUAGCCCGCAGACGAGCUUGGCGGGACAUGUGCCUCACCCGUCUAUCUCAGCUCAAACAGGAACUGAAGAAGGAAAAGUAAUUUGUAAUGUUUUUUAUUUAAUAUUUGUUCUAUGACUAAUAAAACAUCCACAAACGCAAAA